ACAUCCCAAAUAAGUUGAAGUCUAAGGCCGAAUUGACUUCUACCCGUCCUUUUUAUUCAGCAGCACUCGAAUUUGUUCAUUUUAACUGCCUGCUUUUCAGAUCGUUGCUGCCCUCCUGAUUGGCUUCGGUGCUCUGAUGGUAUGGGGUAACUCUGUGAUGGAAGUGGUCCUCACGAAAGUUUUGUUCCCGCUCAUCAGUGCCUUCUCUCAAAAAGGCGAUUCAGAGGGGAUAAAGCAAGUAGUUCAACGGUUGAUGACUACUUCAGCUCCAAUUGGUUAUGCAAUUUUCGGAGUUGGACUAUUCGUACUAAUCAUUUCUGCGAUCGGUUAUAUUGGUGCGUGUUUUAACUCAAAGAUUGCCUUCAAGUCGUAUGUUAUCAUCCUCGGCUUCCUGGUUGUUGUCCUGCUUGCCGGAAUAAUCACCUAUUUUGCUAUGAAAACAAAGGCUACCGAUUUCGUCGAAGACCUCUUCCUCGAAUGUGUCCAUGAUUACCUCAACAUGGAAACGAACGACGGGAACAGUCUUGUUGUCGGUUUUAUAUCACCCGCUCUUGGUUGCUGUGGACUACACAAUAGUUCGGAGUUCACAAGCAUGAAAUCGAAUGAUACGUACGGAGGAAAAUCCUACACUGACCUGAAGCACCCGAUAAUCUGCUGCAAAAUGGACCAACAUUAUCAGCUCGUCUACGAGGACUGUCCCACGAGAUUCACCGCGAACAAUAGCAAUAUUUACACACCGUGCCAGGAGCCACUUCGUAACACAUUCCUUCAGUAUUUCGACUAUCUGGUUUUUGGAAUAGCCGGUCUCAUGGGAUUGUUGCUAACACUAAUAUGCUUCACGUCGUUCACUAUUUGCGUCGACAUUGUCUAAUCGGCGCGAAUGGCCAAGCACUUACAAAGUUAACCAUGCUUUGUUGAGCAAACCAACAGCAAGAUCCAUUGAAAACAAUGGUGUUUACUUUCCAGACCAAUGUUCAUUAAGAACUGGAACAAGGCUGUCCGAUUGUGUUUUACCCUCGUCACUAAGCCAAUAUAUUUUUUCUAACGGUUGACUACUAAAUACUUUAUGAAACUUGUGAUAUCAUUAGUUUUCCUCAUGGCCAACCCGAGAAAAAGAAACCGCAAAUUAUUUUGUUUUCAAGCCAUGAAAAAGCAUUUUUUUGCUUAGUAGCAGCUUGUAAUUUCCUUCUGAAACUUGUUGUGGUUGAGUGAAUUUCAUACACCUUCGAAUCCUACAUACAAGUCUGCAGGAGACAACGGUUAGAAAAACUGGUUUGAAGGCCGAGUUUGUAAGUGCACUGUGGGUCACUCUAUCUCAUUGGGAUUACUAAUUCCCUCAAACCCAGAUUUAUCGUUCAUCCAAUACAAUAGACAUUCGCCAAUCAAAAGUAUAAAAAAUG